AUGUGGUCCCAAGGGGCGGUAUCAGCGACUGUGAACAGUCGCGGUAACAGGAACGAUGAGCAAGAAAGCGACGGCUACGAAGUCAUUUUGCUUACGCUGCCAUCAGGUCGUAGUGUUUCAAAUACUUUAUUUUUGCAUGCGGAUGUGAAAGCCAGGCCCUACCGAGUAGAACAUUUCCGGGAUACGCUGGCACGUCUGGCGCUGCUCCCCAAGGUGAUAGCCUUGGGGGCGUACCAGAUGAGUCAUGUCUGGGCAGUGACAUUUAAGAGUACGGAAGGGAUGAGGAAAGCAUUGGCCUGCGGUGAAAUGAAAGUGAAAAGCCAGCGAUGUAUUGUCAUCAACCCAGGGAAUCAAGAUGUACACAGGCUGGACGCCUGUGUACGUCUGAAGCUUCACUGGCUCUUGUUCAAUGUGCCAGAUGAAGACGUGCGCGUAGCGCUGGCCCCGUAUGGGAAGGUGACAGACAUCUCGACGGAGAAGUGGAGGGUUCAAGGAAUUCAGGACAAAGGGUCGACGACACGCUUGGUGCGUCUGAAACUCCACAGUGGCACCAAGGUCGAAGACCUUCCGCACCAGCUACGCGUCGCCGGAGAGAUGGCUCUUCUGGUCGCUCCGGGAAGAUCACCACUGUGUCUGCUCUGUCACAGCAAGGGCCACAUUCGGCGAGAGUGUCGCGUUCCACGUUGCAGUCAUUGCCGUCGCUUCGGCCAUGAAGGAAGUGAGUGCGUGAAGACCUACGCAAGUGUCACUGGGCCGACUGGAGAAGACACCACAGAACUCGUCAUGGACGAGGCUGAUGCCGAGGAAGCCGCGAGCGGAGUGCUGCCGAAGGACGAGGGGCGUGAAGCGGCAAAGCUAACUCCGCUCUCGAAGAACAAAGAAAGUCAGAAGGAGGAGGGAUACCUAAGAGAAACAAUGUCUGCAGGCGCCGACACAGGCCGUCUCGAAAGGCAAGACCAUGUCGCCACGCAGUCACCGUCUGGUCGAGAGCAGGAAGUUAUGGACGUGAACGGGGGAGCAAGCGGCGCCACGGUCUCCAAGCGGGGUCAUGACGCAUUGCUGGACACGGGUGAGGUCCCGAACGCGGCCGACUUGGAGGAACCACCGUCCAAGGCGGUGACCUUUCGUCGGGCCAAGUUCAAGCCAAGGCCGAACAUACCACCGGAUCGAACGGCGGCGGAGCCGCAGCCUAAACUCUAUGAUCACGAAGACAGCGAGUGUGCCCAAACAUACGCCAGUGUGGCCGGGCCUGUGGCUGGCGACCAUCUCACGGAGCACAUAAUGGACCAAGCUGAUGCAGAAGGAGCAGUGGAAAGCAGAAAUCGGGGUCCCGUAUUCACGCCCCUUUCUAAGGGCCCGAAGGACGAAGGAAGCGAAGCGGCUCAGGCUGAACAAACGGGUCAACAGACCAACAGCGUGAGCUCUAUACCGCGGGACGAAAGCGACAACGAAAAUAAGCAAGGUAUUGGGUCGUCGACUGGACAACCUGAAGAUAUGGACGUCACAAGAGCGGGGACAAGCGCAAAGCGAACGCUUGAAGAUGUCAGCAACGAGGACGCAGAACUGGAGAGGACAACAGGAGGUGAGCCGGCAGCGAAAGCGGCAACGCUCAGGCGACCCAGCUUGAGGUUCAAGCCGAUCAUCGCUGCGGGCACACGUCCGCCGCCGAAGCCACCCUCGUAG